ACCGGCCCGCGGGGCGCGGACGCGCGUGGCGGCUGCUCGGCGGGACCGUCUGUGGAGCCGGCCCCAGGAUGCCCACGGCGUGUGGAUGACCAGCCAUCGAGCCACCCACGGCCCAGGCCGGAUGCCACCGCCGCGCGAGGACCGCUCCCCGAGGGCCGCUGGUGGCCCCAGGCCCUAGUGUCCUGACCCGGCCCGGCUGUCCUGUCCCGCCCUGGCCGCCCAGGGGCCGGCGGGGAAGGCGCAGGAGUAGUUUCCGACCCCGCCGAGCGCGGCGACGGCGCAGGGACCCGGGGAAAAGGGCUCGGCGCCGGCGGGCAGCACCCUCGCCCACCGGCUCGGCAAGAUGACCAGCCUGUUCCGCCGGAGCAGCGGCGGCGGGGGCGGCGGCGGCGGGGCCGGGGCGCGCGGGGCCGGGGGCAGCGCCGCGGCCGCCUCGCAGGAGCUCAACAACAGCCGGCCGGCCCGCCAGGUGCGCCGCCUGGAGUUCAACCAGGCCAUGGACGACUUCAAGACCAUGUUCCCCAGCAUGGAUUACGACAUCAUCGAGUGCGUGCUGCGCGCCAACAGCGGCGCGGUGGACGCCACCAUCGACCAGCUGCUGCAGAUGAACCUGGAGGGCGGCUGUGAAGACAGCUCGGACUCGGAGGACAGCAUCCCCCCGGAGAUCUUGGAAAGGACUUUGGAACCUGAUAGCUCAGAUGAGGAGCCCCCGCCUGUGUACUCCCCGCCAGCCUACCACAUGCACGUGUUCGACAGGCCUUACCCUCUGGCUCCCCCCACUCCGCCUCCCCGCAUCGAUGUGCUGGGCUCCGCACCUCCUGCCAGCCAGAGGCGCUAUCGGAACUGGAACCCGCCCCUGCUGGGCAACCUGCCCGAUGACUUCCUCCGCAUCCUGCCCCAGCAGCUGGACAGCACACAGGGCAACCCUGGGGGCUCCAAGACCACCAGCAGAGAGGGAGGCCUGCCCCCCACAUCCGGGCCCGGGCCCGGGGACCAGGAGAGCCGCUGGAAGCAGUACCUGGAGGACGAGAGGAUCGCGCUCUUCCUGCAGAAUGAGGAGUUCAUGAAGGAGCUGCAGCGCAACAGGGACUUCCUGCUGGCACUGGAGAGAGAUCGAUUGAAAUACGAGUCCCAGAAAUCCAAGUCCAGCAGCCUGGCUGUGGGAAAUGACUUUGGCUUUCCCUCUCCUGCCCCAGGAACCGGUGACGCCAACCCUGCUGUGUCUGAAGAUGCCCUAUUCAGGGACAAGUUGAAACACAUGGGCAAAUCCACUCGGAGGAAACUGUUUGAACUGGCCAGGGCCUUCUCCGAGAAGACCAAGAUGAGGAAGUCAAAGAGGAAACACUUGUUGAAGCAUCAGCCGCUGGGGGCCGCUGCGUCGACAGCCAAUCUCCUGGACGACGUGGAGGGCCACACCUGUGAUGACGACUUCCGGGGAAGGCGACAGGAGGUACCCAAGGUGGAGGAAGCCCUGAGGGAAGGACAGUGAGAGAUGACAGCAGUUGCUCCUCGCUGGAGAUGGUCUGACCCGGUGGAGGCAGCCGGAGAGCAGUUC